UUUCAUUUCAUUCCAAUAUGGUGGAGGCAAGCAAUAUUAGAUAUAUCCGUUUGAUUGGAUUAGAACAAGCUCUGUACAGCCAUCAGUGAGCGUCAUUGCACAAAUGUCAUUCUCUAUAAGAUAAUGUGUUGAUGUGGGCAUCUCAAAUCUAUAAAUGGAUAAGCAUCCAUGCAGGAAGGCGUUGCACUUUGGACAUGGCUGCUGCUUCCACUGCGCUGAUUCUCCCCAUCAAUGGAGGAAACCUUCCGCCUUCCCAAUACCUCUCUUUUCGCCAUACUCUCCCUUCUGCUACUUUCUCCAGGUUGGGUUGGAGUAGGGAUGCUGGCAGAAGUACUCGUAGAACGAGGGGUCAAGCAUUUCGAAUCUCUAAUGUCUCGCCUGGUAGGGAUGGAUUAAUCAAGCAGGUGAUUAUGGUUGACCCUUUGGAAGCCAAACGUAUGGCAGCGAAAGAAAUGGAAAAGAUCAAAGCAAAAGAGAAGUUCAAGAGAAGACGUCAAAUAGAAGCAAUUAAUGGAGCAUGGGCAAUGAUCGGUCUGACGGCUGGGCUUGUCAUUGAAGGUCGAACCGGAAAAGGAAUUCUAGCUCAGUUGGCUGACUACUUCAGCAUCCUUAUCAACUUCUUCAUACGGUAAGAGGCAUCUUCGAGGGGAAAAGGAGAUCUUUGAAUGAAAGAGGCGGUGAGAUGAAGCAGCAGGUUCAUGGUACUUUGUUUUGAAGAUUCUAUUUGCAAUACAAUUAUAUGUACUACCAUUUGUUUUUUUAAAAAUCAGUACAAGAUUUCAUUUCCAAGGAGAGGAAAAACCACCAUAGUUCUGUACAAUUAUUUGGUGAAAAGAAGCUUGUCUCUUUUUUUAAAAGAAAAAGAAAUAGACUGUCGUUGUCUAUAAGCUGAUUCAUCUUCCAAUAUUUGCAAACAACAGCGUUGUAAUGUAAGCAUAGAUUAGAAUUCAGAUGAAAAUUCAGAUGAAUUAGCUUUGAUGAUUCUUCUAUUGAAUUCCUGUUAUUGUUGGUUA